AUGGCCUACGAUGGAUAUCAGCCACCUCCCAACUCGGGCUUUCAGGGAAUGGGAAAUAUGAACACGGAUUCGAAUGAUAUCCAUGGCUACACGCCAACCCCUCCCUACCCCUCGUACUAUGAAUCAGAGCAUAUCACCAUGCCUCAACCUCAGAUGCCUCCCGCAUCGUCGGCCCCUCCCCCACAAAACUACGAAUACCCUGAACCACCCCGACCAGGUAACACAAAUGGCCAUAUCAACGAUGCUGUCAACUCAGCCGUGUAUAAUAAUGCAAACUCCAACUCCUACCUCUCACCGGAAGUCCUGUCGCAGAUCACCUCGACCGUCAUUCAGCAGCUUAAGGCGUCUGGCAUGAGCGAUCUCCAAAGCCCCUCUCAAACCACUCCAACCCAGUUCCCACCUCAGCCCCCACCUCGACCACAGUCGCAGGCGCAACAGCCCUGGAUGGCGCCGCCAACUGAUCUCCCACUUCGCCCUCAGUCCGAGUCUCCGACAGCUCCGCUUCAUCAACGAAGUGGAUCCAUUCCGCCCCCAAGCGCAAUGUCGAGUAGCUUUGAGACUCCGAAGCCACAGCCACAGCCGCAGCCAUAUUCUGGUUACUCGAGCGAUACACGAUCCAAUCCAAAAACAUCGCCGGAUCCAAUGCAGCGUAGAACUUCGAUGUCGAGUCAGGGGAGCGUGAGAGCCGACACACGGCCAAAACCACCUGAUCGAGAUACGACGGUCAUGGAGAUGACCACACUGGAAAGAAUCUGGGGCAAAUUGUUUGAGGAUGAUAAGCCGACAGCGAGACUCGGACAAUUCUUGCGCGGAAUUGCGAUGCAUUUGAUUGAAGAUUACCCGCCCGGCAACACUCUUGUCAUUGUUCCGCAGAAGUUGCAGAAGUUCUACAAAGACACCGAUGUGUCUCCUGAUGCUUAUCCAUGGCAGGAUAUUUUCGAUGACCACACUUCUUCGAUCUCUAGGCUGUUCCGAGAAGUGAAGGCCGAGCAUCACCUUGUUCAGACGGAUGAUCUUACAGAGCGACCCGAUAUUCCUGGAUUGACUCCCAAGGGCUUUGAGAAGUGGGCGACACUCAUGAUUUUAGCCCAUCCAGACCGCGAGUAUGAACGUUUGCAGAAGGCUGUGCUUAACAUGCCAAUCAGCAACCCAGACGACAAGAAGGAGCGAUUCCCCAAAGAAAUCCCUCGGCGCCUGUUCCCUGAGGUCGCCGAUUUGAAGCUACGGGAAGCCACCGAGCUGCACAUCAUGAAACACUGCGGCGUCGAUCUCCCUCGCAUCACUGAUGAAGAACGAUCCAAAGCGAAUCGCCCAAAGGCCUCCCCUCCUGUCAGUAGCGGUCGCAGCAGUGGUAUUAACAGCCCGAGAAACGCUUCAAAGGAACGAAGCCGAUCCUACGAGCGGGGACGGCCUCCACCCUCUGCUUCAUCGUCCACCGCCAUCCUUGAUGAUGAGGAUGAAACUAUUCCCCCAGCGCCUAUCGAACGUGAGCGAAAGCCUUACUCCGCCAAUCCCGGAAGUGGAAAAGUCUACGAUGAACUCGGCAAUACUCGCAGCCACAGAGACUCCUUCACCACGCGACCAUCUGAUGUUCCGCCUGCAUCGUCCAGCCACCGGGUUUCAGCCUCAACGAAACCGCGCUCCCCAACCCGGGACUCCCUAUAUGCUCAGCGCUCCGGUUCAGGUCCAGCUCCUUACCCCCGUCACUCGAAAGGGCACUCGCGCACGUCGCGCAGUUCGUCACGCAGCAUGGAUGGAUACAGACACUCCGAAAGUGACCUGCUCGGUCGCGACCAUACUCCGCGAUACGGUAACGCGUCUACCAAUGAUAUAUACAUGGAGCCAACCGCUAUGUCAACUGAAACAGAUGAUAGCCGUUAUCAUGGAUCGCACCGCAAUAGUCGCACAGAUGAGGAUUACUACCGUGGAUUGCUUGGUGGACAGGGCGGUGCUCCCAAGUAUUACUGA